AUGACCAUCACUAUCGCUGGUGAUGGGGACGGGGGAAAGGAUGGCGUGCCCUCUCUGGGUGACGGUGACGGUGACGGUGGCGGCGGUGGCGUGGGCUUGGGCUUGGGCUUGGGCCUUGACGGGGGCCAUGGGGGGUUGGUUAAUGGCGCUGUUGCCGGUGGUGGUGGUACUGCUGCGACUGCGACUGUUGCAGGUGUGGGCGCGAAGUGUGAAUGCGAGAAAAGCCGGUGGGAAUGGCAGCAGUGGCAGCUGCGGCAAACGACAGUCCGAGGAAAAGGACUAGGAAGUGAGGUUGCUGCUGCGGCUGUCGCGGGGGGGAGGUUCCUGCGCAAGGCCGUGAGGAGCUCGGCGAGAAAGAAGUGA